AAAAUAGGACAAACUUCUAGCACUUCGGUCAGUGAGUAAAGUGCGGAAGAUGUUCGAGUUGGAAGGAAAAGUUGCGUUAAUAACCGGAGGGGCGUCGGGGAUCGGCUUGGCCACCGUUAAGGAGUUACUGUUAAAUGGCCUAAAGGCAAUUUCAGUGGUGGAUUUUAACGAAAGCGCCGGUCAGAAGGUGGUCGAGGAUGUUAACAAGGAGUAUGGAGCUAACACAGCCAUCUUCGUUAAAGUGGAUGUUGGAAAUGCGGCUGAAUUUAGAGGUGCCUUCGAGGCUACUAUCAAGAAGUUUAACAAUUUGGAUAUCGUAAUUAAUAACGCUGGGAUACUAAACGAAAUCGAUUGGGAAAAAAUGAUUAAGACGAACGUUAACGGAACCGUAAACGGAUGUUUAUUGGCCCUUGAGUUCUUACAAAGACACAGGAGUACCAACGAGGGUGUGAUCGUAAACAUUGCCUCAAUUUCCGGCCUGGAAACGUACGGACAUACUCCGAUUUACAACGCAACGAAGCACGCAGUUGUCGGGCUUAGCCGUUCACUGGGUCUUCACGGACACUACGACCGUACAGCAGUAAAAAUUUUAACCGUUUGUCCCGGAUGUACUCAAACGCAGCUUUUGAUGGGGAGUAUGGAAGGCCGCCUUACCCAAAAACAGUUAGAAUUGGGCGCAGAGGUUAUGAAGGGCUACGAAUUACAACCGAUUAAGCACGUUGCAAAGGAGAUCAUACCAAUUAUCAGAAGUGGGCGAAGUGGAUCGGUUUGGGUUGUUGAAUAUGAAGCCGCUUAUCAAGUUGAAAUGCCUCAUUACAGUGAAAGGCGUUUAGCUCCUUAAUCAAAAUGAACUAUGGCUACACUCUUCUUAUCAACAAAGUUAUAAAUAAAAGUAUAAGGAAAU